CUUCGCAUCGAAUUUCAGGAUAACUAUGACCAAUAUUUCUGGAUAUCUGGAGUUUCUAUACCCGUUAAUCAGUGUGGCUUUAUGAGCAGUCGGAGCGCUAAUAUUGGCACUCAAAACUGCAAUAAUCUGCUGCCGUUCGUUUGUGAGCAAGGUGUGAAACCAUAUGAAGAUCCUCCACUUUGGCGAACAGGCGUCAUUGUGACAGCCGCAGUUCUUGGUGCUUUAGUAGCAGUAAUCGUACUGUUGGCGUUGUGUUGGUGUCGAAAGUCGAGAAAACGAGUUGAAGAGGAGAUGAAUCGAAAAGAAUUCAUCCGUACGUCAUUGAGAUUGACGAAGAUGGAGAAACAACGUCGAGAUAACGAAUUGUGGAGUAGAACACAAGUGAGUGGAAUUUAUUCGUUGAGUGAUUUCUUUCAGUUCUCAACGCAAGAUUCACCACAUAGUGAUACUGACGAUGUGAUCUCACGAGCUCACAGAAAUAUGAUCCAAGGCAACAACAACGCUGCUUGGUCACCAACUGAAACUGUGCGAACGUCUUGUUCGAAUUUGAUUGAUCAUUCGCCAGUUCGUCAAUCAUCAAAUUUGAUCAUUCCAACUAACGAUCCGAAAUCGAUGACUCGAACUUCGGCUCAAUUGGUCAACCCAGGCCCUCCAGCACCACCCUCAUCUGGAUCACCUACUUGUAGCGAUCGUAGCACAACUUGUUCAGCGAGCAGUUGCAUUACCUCAACCAGUGGUUUUACACCUAUGAGUGUUCGAUCGUCUACCGUUUCCGAACGUACCAUCCUCGCACGGCCAUUGAUUCCACACGCUUCUGUCACCCAACCACUCAUAUCAGCUGAAGAGUCGAGGAGGCCAAGACCCAUGUCAACCGGUACUUACGUAGACUAUUUCGCGACAGCGGUCCCCCAUCGCCCAGCCCCACCGCCUCCGACUCAACCCCAAACAACGCCAUCGAUUACCGCUGAAACUGUAUUUCCGGUAAAUCCACCACCAUCACAACCACAACCACCACUCACAAACGGCGUUCAUCCCUCACCCAAAACCGAAGCGAUGAUGUUUACGCAACGUCAGACACCAACCUCACAAGCCGCCUACCGAUCCAGAAUGCGUCCAUCUGCAGCGCCGCCUGUUCCACCAGCAGGAUCAUCCGGUGACGCACACUUCAUCAAGAACGCUCAAACGAAUUCUCGUUCACUUGUUGAUCUCGUCAAUCCACACAUGCAACAGCAACAAGAAAUCGGUCCUCGCCGCAAUUCCACUGGUCGUUUCAUGGCACCACUCGAAACUUCCAUGUAG